GGCGGUUGGAGGAAUGGCGGUGAUCACACGUCGUCUGCUGGGAAGAACUGGAUUCUCGUUUCAGGUCACCGUCAGAAAAGCUAAGUUUGCUCUACAGUAGGGAUCAGGAGAUCUGAUCCUGAUUGCAGAACCAUCCCUAAUUACAGAAUCUUGGGUUGUGUCUCCCACUUCAUCCUUCCAGACCAUCCCAGAAGACCUGUAAGAUUCCAUCUGGGAAAUCACUAGCAGUUCUUAGAAGGGAAAGAAGGAGGAUUGUUGGUUGGAAUAAAAACAGGGUUGAAUGAGUUCCAGAAAGCAGGGUUCUCAAACUCGUGGACAACAAUCUGCAGAAGAAGACAACUUCGAAAAGCCAACUAGAAGCAACAUGCAGAGAAGUUAGAUGAGAGGGGCUUCCUCCGGAAAGAAGACAGAUGCUCCGCAGCAGAAAAAUCUUGAGCCAGCUCUCCCAGGAAGAUGGGGGGGUCCCUCUGCAGAGACCCCCCCCCUUCAGGAUCUGCGAGGAAGACAAGAAAGAACAAGCAGAAGACUCCUGGAAAUGGAGAUGGUGGCAGUACCAGCGAAGCACCUCAGCCUCCACGGAAGAAAAGGGCCCGGGCAGAUCCAACUGUCGAAAGUGAGGAGGCAUUUAAGAAUAGAAUGGAAGUUAAAGUGAAGUUUCCUGAAGAAUUAAAACCAUGGCUUGUCGAAGACUGGGACUUAGUUACCAGGCAGAAGCAGCUUUUCCAACUUCCUGCAAAGAAGAACGUGGAUGCGGUUCUUGAAGAGUAUGCUAAUUGUAAGUGGUCGCAGGGCAAUGUUGAUAAUAAGGAAUAUGCAGUUAACGAAGUAGUGGGAGGAAUAAAAGAAUACUUCAAUGUGAUGUUGGGCACUCAGCUGCUCUACAAGUUUGAGAGGCCCCAGUAUGCUGAAAUUCUCUUGGCUCACCCUGAUGCACCAAUGUCCCAGGUUUAUGGAGUGCCACAUCUACUGAGAUUAUUUGUAAGAAUCGGAGCAAUGUUGGCCUAUACGCCUCUUGAUGAGAAAAGCCUUGCAUUGUUGUUGGGCUAUUUGCAUGAUUUCCUAAAAUAUCUGGCAAAGAAUUCUGCAUCUCUGUUUACUGCCAGUGAUUACAAAGUGGCUUCUGCUGAGUACCAC